GUUUGUGGUUGUGGCCAGUCCUUCCCCUCUCAUCCCGGGCCCCGGGGAAAAUUUUGCCCCCAGAAACCCUAGCGCGUCGGAUCAGCAAGGGCAAAAUUUUCUGCGACUCCGGCUGAAGGACGCUGCGGCACCUAUGUCGGACGACACUGGCCGCACUAUACCCAAGUUCGGCGAAUGGGACGUGAACAACCCGGCCUCUGCCGACGGGUUCACGGUGAUCUUCAGCAAGGCCAGGGAUGAGAAGAAAGCCCCGGCCCAAGGCCACAUCAGGGACAGGUCGGCGUCGGCCGACAGCAAGGACUCCAGGUCCAGGGACGAGAAGAUGACCUCCUACAGCUCCAGGACCAACGCAUCGAAGAAAUGGUUCUGCUGUGUCUCGCCCAGUCCCACACAGUCUUGAGGAAGCUAAUGAGCCGUGCAGUGCUGCAGUUUCUGUGAUGGUUAUGCGUAGCUCUUCGAAUUCAAUCCUAUACUGCUUGCCAGUGACAGGGGCUCUAUGUAUAGCCAUUGCAAAUGAGAAAAUUACUCUGAUGGGUGUCUGCUUAUAGCGUUCUUAGCUGUGUAUACCAUCAGUUCAAGCUGAUGUCUGCUUGUAAUUUUCUUUUCUGGCCCCUUCUCUAUGGUGUAACCCUUCCUCAACGUUAUCAGUGAAUCUGAGCUACUCCUCAAU